CUUAUUUUUAAAUAUGGAUAAAGAUAAGGUACCAUUCCAAAGCAAGAUAAGUAAGAAGUGAGAAAAGCAAAUUAAAGAAAAAAAAAAACAAAAAACAAAAAGAGAAAAAAUGGUGAUUGAAGGAGCAGGUGUAACAGCAGCCAUGGUUACAGUUCAAAUCCUGGAAGUUGGUGGUGACACACUAAUGAAAUCAGCAACUAAAGAUGGAAUGAGUAGUUUCAUUUUCACUGUUUACUCAAACCUUCUUGCUCUAUGUUUCCUUCUACCAUCCACUCUUUUCUACCAUAGAAAAAGAGCUCCUCCUCCAAUUUCAACAUCAAUUUUCUGCAGAAUGGUUCUUCUUAGUUGCAUCCAAGCUUCAGUGCAGAUUUUGAUGAACACUGGAAUUAGAUAUAGCUCUCCCACUUUGUCAUCAGCUAUGGUUGAUCUUGUCCCUGCUUUUACCUUCAUACUUGCUUUGAUUUCAAGGAUGGAAAUUCUAAAUUUGAAACAACAUAGUAGUCAGGCAAAAGUUAUUGGUACAAUGACCUGCAUUGCAGGAGCAUUAAUUGUGACAUUAUAUAAAGGGAUGCCAUUGAUUAGUGAUUCUUUUCAAAAUAUAAAAAUGGGAGCAAGUGGACUUAACAUCUCAGAAAAAUCAGAUUGGAUAGUUGGGGCUUUUCUUCUUGCAACCGCUAGCUUUUGCCUUUCACUUUUACAUAUAGUCGAGAAUUGGAUUAUCAAGGAAUAUCAAGAAGCGCUAGUGGUAACAACUAUUUGUUGUUUUUUUGUGGCAAUCCUAUCUUCCAUUGUAGCUUUCAUUGCGGAGGGUAUUUCAAAAGCUUGGAUACUCAAACUUCAUAAGGAGUUCAUAUCUGUCUCUUACUCAGCAAUACUUGUGGUGUCAACGAGGAAUUUUGUAACCAUAUGGGCAUGUCGUAAGAAAGGACCAAUAUACGUAGCUAUAUUCAAACCAUUAAGAGUUGUUGUUGCACUUGGCAUGGGAGUAUUAUUUCUUGGAGACAAUCUUUAUCUUGGAAGCAUGAUUGGAGCUGCUAUUAUAAUUAUUGGAUUUUAUGGUGUAAUGUGGGCACUUGCUCAAGAGAAACAAAUGACAAGUGAAAGUAAUAUUUUUCCAUCUUCUUCCACGCCUCUUAUGUCCAACAAAAGCAUGGAUAACUAGACAAUUCUGAUUUUGGAAUAUGAUAGGAUAUACCUUGUAUUGACGAAAUUUAUGUUAAGAAAAAAACACAUGUAAAAAAAAUUAGGUUAAAUAUAUGCUAAGAUAUUUGUAAUAAAUUAGUAUUUUAAAUUUCUUUUAUAAUAUUUAAUCUUUCUAUUCUCCAAAAAUUUGCAUGUCGUUAUUUUAACCUCUUUUCAUUUCAAGAAAAGAAUUUUGAUGUUAGUUAAAGAUCUGAAGUGACACACAUUCAGGAGAUGUAUGUCUUAAAAUUUCAAGUGUUGGAACAAUGUGUUUGUUUUCAGCACCGUUACUGAUCGCGACUUUGCGUGUCUAUUAGUCGGGAUAACUGCAAGUGCACAGUCGUGUCGUGUAGUUUUAAAAGAUAUCGAAUCCACAGAGACUAUAAAUCGACCUACCGCUAUCUAAAGUUACUAUGUAAAGCUAAGGCUAAUGAUAUUUGGGUUUUU